AUGCCUUCCAUCUCCAUCUUCAUAGCCUUCAUCGCCCUGCUCUCAUCGGCUGCAUCGGCAUUCUCUGGAAACUUCGAGCUCACGAACGUCGUUGUCUCGUCACCCUUUGAAGCAGAUCCCACGUCAACUGAGAGCACCUAUGUUCAAUUCGACUUCUGUGACGAAGACACUCCUGAAGUCGGCCCUACUCACUGCUGCGUUGAAUGGGCCGUCGGCCUGAGUCCACCCUCCUCUGCGGCGAACACCUGCGACAACAGCACCUUCGACGUCCUGGUUACUUCGUGGUAUGGGGUUGGAAACAUCUCGCUGCGGUUGGCUCACCAGUACAUUGACAACAGCGUUGGUCAAGCCCCAUACAACGUCCUCACAAAGUUCUCCAACUUCAAUCUGACGUAUCCCGCGACCGACUACUACGAAUGUGAUCUGGGAAGCGCAGAGUGUAUUUCCGACGACGGAGAAGUGAUCAUUGCCAAUGUAACCCAAGCCAUCGCGUGA